AUGACAUCGACAGAGGAAGGCCUGGAAGGGCUUCUGGACCCACCUGCUCAAAGUUCUGCUAAGCCAGAAUCAACAAGUUCUUCUAAUUCGAGAAAGCGAGCACGUGUUGAGGAAGAAAACUCGCCGGAUGAGAUGAUGGAUAAGAUCACCCGACACUGCUCCUGUACUGUUUGCCUGGAUGUCCCUGGCGUCGCUCUUUAUCAGUGCAAGAACGGCCACCUGAUGUGCUACACGUGUCUCAACCAUCUUCUUGCAGACGCCCGUCUCAAAGAAGAACAGUCAACAUGUCCGAAUUGCCGCUGCGAAAUCAGUAUGGAGCGCUGUAUGAGGAACUUAGCAGCCGAAAAGGGAUAG